UGGCCGCCCCCACGUGCACCGUGCCACGGGUUUCGGGUCUCUCACUUUAGCCGAGGUGGUUGUGGCUGUUGUCGUUGUUGUUGUGGUUGUUGUUGUGGUUGUAGCCGUGGCUGACUGUGCUUGUUGUGGCCGUGGAUGCGACUGCUUGUUAAGCUGCCGCUCGGCUGUGCGCGUAACGUGUUGUGGUGUGUAGCUGCCCCCCUGUGUGUGUCUGUAGCUGAGAGCGCCUGCAAGUCGGUGCAGCUGCGUGUGUUGUGGCUCGCCUCUUGCUACGCUUGCACCUCCCCACCCCCCCUACUGCUCGCUAUGGGCAAGAGCCGGCAGCCGCGUCGCUUCAGGCGGCCUCACCACCCUCUCUGCGGCCCCGCGGGGCUGAGCACGGAGCCCGAGGCGGAGGAGGAGUGCGAGGAGGAAAACUGCCCAGUCGAGACUCUGCUGGAGACGCUGCAGUCGGGCUCUGCGGACGCGCGUGAGUGCGCGUGCGCCAGCCUCUCCCGCCUGGCCCUGGGCGCCCGCACGGUGCCCGCCCUGCUCGGCCGUGGCGCCGUGCGCCUCCUGGGGCCGCUGCUGCUCGACCCAGCGGCCUCCGUGCGCGAGACGGCGGCCGGAGCUCUCAGGAACAUGAGCGUGGCGGGCGGGCCGGACGCGUGCGAGGACAUGGUCGCCAGCGACAUCAUGACGCCGCUCGUCGCGCUGCUCAGAGAGUGCGCCGCCUUCCUGGACUCUGCCGGGGACGCGCAGCCCAAGGGGAGGGGCGCCGGUGGCGGCGGCGGUGGCGGUGGCGCCGGUCUGCCCGGAGACGUCGCCGUGGAGGCCGUCCACCUCCUGCUCAACCUGUGCGAGAGCAGCGCUCGUGCCGUCUCCGUGUUCAACAAGGAGGCGCUGCUGCCGCCGCUGCUGCAGUUUGUGAGACGGCACCAGCAGCACCUGCCCCUCGCCAUCGCUGCAGCUCAGUGCCUGCAGACGGUGGCGGAGGACAACGUGGAGCUGGCGGGCAGCCUCACCGCUCCGGCGCUCGCCGCACUGGAGCCGGCGCUGCUGCUGCCUCCCGCUGGCGUGGACAACGACAGCGCCGGCGCCCAGCAGAGCCUGCUGCGGACGCUCGUAGCCGGCUUCCUGUGGAACGUGAAGAGCGCCAUCCCCGGCGCCAGCCUGGCCCAGGCGCUGAGCGCCGUCGUGAGUGCGCUGAGCGACGCGCUGGCCUUGGACGCGCGGCCCGCGCUCGCCGCCCUGGAGGCCCCGCCGGCCCCGCCGGGCCCCGAAGCGUCCGGCGCCGGCGAGCGUCGGCAUAAAGGCCGGGCGAACGGAGUCGGCGGCGGCGGUGGCGGUGCCGUCCCUCGCAACCCAGCACCGGCGCAAGCGAAGAGACACUCGAAGAGGAAGAAUUGCGGCGAGGUGGUGGACCAGGCCAACGAGGAGAACAAAGGUGGCGAGGGGAAGGCCGGUGGAGGUGGUGGUGGUGGAGGUGGCGGUGGUGAAGAGGAGCAGAAGGAGGAGAACGGCGGUGGUGAGGAGGACGAGGAGGAGGAUGAGGCUGACAUGGAGGCUGAGCCAAGCGUUGCCACGGGGGACGCAAGGCCUCCGAGCAGCGGCGAUGACCUCUCCGACCUCUUGCCGCCGAGCGAGGCGGCGCUGGUGGAGGUCAUGGCGCUGUUGUCGGCACAGCAGACUGCGCUGGAAAUCCUCGUCAACAUGUGCUGCAGCGAUGACGGGCCGGACGACGACGAGGAGGAGGAGGAGUGGGAGGAGGUGGGCAGCAACGACGGCAGCGAGGAAGCGGCGGCGUGCGGGGACGGCGAGGAGGAGGAGGAGGCGCUACUCUCGCCGCUCUGCCUCUCCGCCGAGGUCCACGGCGCGCUGCUGAGGCACGGCAUCGUGGGCCAGGUGAUAGAGAAGAGCGCGUUUCCAGAGGAGAGCGGCGUCGGCGUCUGCCUCAAGAACCCGGAGUGGAAGCCGCUCCUCACCAGGCUGCAGUGCAUCCAGUGUCGGGCCCUCACCUGCCUGCAGAACAUGCUGGGCUCGCUGGACGAGGAGGCGCUGGGGGGGCCGCUUGCACUGCAGGAGCUGGCGCGCCACCUCGCGUCGCUCCUCUUCAGCGCGAGCGAUCUGGCCAAGGCCACGGAGUUUUUGGAGGCGGCCACUGGAGCGGUGAGGGCGCUGCUCCACGUCAUGGCCUCCAAGGACAUCCCCCAGUGCAUGUCGGUGCAGCAGCUGCUGGCGCUGUGCGAGGCGUGCGUGCGGUGCGAGCACGAGGGCGUGCGCCUCAACACGGUCGGCAUCCUCGGGGUGGUGGGGAGAGAGCUGUCCCGGCAGAGAGGCACCGCCACCACGCUGCAGGAGUUGGGCUCGGUGCUGCUGGGGGUGGCGGCGCGCGACGCGAGCCUCCCCGUGUCGGGGGAGGCUCUGGACGCGCUGUUCGACGUGUUCGCCCACGGAGACGACGCCGACCUCGCCGCCCGCGCCAUGGGGCUCGCGGCCGCCCUCCGCGGCCUCGCGCCCGCGUUCAAGGCCAGGAUGAAGAGCGAGGGCAGGAGGAGCUGCUCCCCGGAGCAGCUGCUGGUGCUCACCAACGUGCGGACGAACCUGGCGCGCUUCAUCCGCUACCAGGAAAGCAAAGCGCGCUGAAGCGCCCCGCCCCACGCCUCCGCCCCCGUCCUGGCAUCACGCACGGCCACGUGGGCCUCGCGUGGUCGGCGCGGAUCCUGGUGCAAGGAACAAUACGGGGCCCUCCCCCGCCCACCAAAAUGCCCCCCACCUCCCCCUCCCCCCACCGGCCCAUCCCAUCUCUUGCCCGGGGCCCCUCUGGCCCAGGGAGGACCCUGGUGUAGUUGCACCGCCUGCGCACGCCGCUCGAUGGCGCUGGGUCGCGGCCGUUCCGCGUCGCUCGUUUGCCACGAUUGCGCGACCGCUGCAACGAGCGGCUGCCCACAAGCAUCCCCCCCCACCAGCAUCCCCCCACCAGCAUCCCCCCACCAGCAUCCCCCCCCGUCCUGCUGCCUCGUUGGGAGCGGCUGCGACCCGACAGCCGAUCGCGACUUGGAAACCGUGAGGACGCGCGAGCCGCAGUUUGUGCCGUCGAGGUGACUUCUGCUGCUGCUGCUGCCGUCGCCGCCACUUAACGAGGGGGGGUGGAGGCAGGGGACGUCAAAGUGUUAAUAGCCGAGGCGUUUGCUGUGUGUGUGUCGCUGAACAGCCGUGGUUUAGUUUGACUGUGCGGAGGAGCUGUAUCCGAGGGGACAGAACCGAAACACAUGGACGCCACAGGUUCUACUUCCUGCCAAAGAUAUAUUUUGUUCAGCUGCCCCCUUUCGGCUAGACCUCCGCCUAAGUUAUGCUACUUUUCUCAUUUUACAAAUAUAUUUUACCGUCCUUUAGAUUUUAUUUAAUGACAAAUUAUGCGUUAAUAAUACCACUAUCAGAUUUUAGCCCGGUUCCUAAACUCCUUGUCCAAAGGGAUCUUUAGUGGGUGGCUAAAUCCUUGUGUUACCCCACCACUGUCCUGACAAAUGGGAGGCAGUGAGGCCUCCUAAACCCCCCCCCCUCUGUGGUCCCUUCCACGGAUUUUUGCUGAUUGCACAGUCCCAGCAGAGUGGCGUCCCUGCGGUGUGCGACGGGGGAAACGGGCGACUGUCCGGUGGAGAGUCGAGCUUCUUGCGUGCGGCCCGCCUGCCUGGGAUUCCCUUGCCCUCUCCUGAGCAGGGGGGGUUGUGAGGUCGUUGCUGUGGUGGGGGCCCCCCCCCCCCAACCUCGCCCCCUGUAGUUUAUUUUCGGGUGCCAUUUGUGACUCUCCGUCGUUUUGUCGCCGAUAAACGCAGCCCACGCGGAGGACGCUUCCGCUGGGAUUUAUUUUGUGCAAAUCCACUGUUCGCGAAAUUUCUUGUGUUUAAAACCAUGUGUUAAAAAAAAAUAAAGCGAGAAAAGCGGACAAUAAAACG